AUGAAAGAGACUUGUAGAAUUNGUCUGAUUCGAUCGAUCCCCUCAUUACCACUCAGCAAAUGCUUUGGUUAUUUUUUGCUGGUUACAUUCGGAGUUGAGUUACUAGUCAUGAGCUUUUUCUAUCGGGCCAUGUUAACCUUGGGGCUGGUGGUGCUGGCACUGUGGCCUAUGGUUUCCGGCCUCUAUAUAAAAGCAAAGUUCAGGUCACUGAGCUGGAUGUUUAGCUGUCUCUUUCUUGCCGUGUUUCCACUGUUGCCUGUGGUGGGACGGGAACCCAACAUUAACUAUGUAAUUUGUGCUGGGGUGCUGACCCUCUUCAAUUUGUCCUCAUACCUCUGUUCAUCAUGGAGAUGCUCUCCUCUGAUCCGAAGGGAUCGUCAGCUGUUCAUCUUCCAGAUGGCGCAGGUGGUGCUGUGUGCUUAUACCGUGACCAGCACCCACUCCAGUCUGCAGGUGAAGCAAGGCCUGCCACUCUUCAACCAGCUCGUAAGCUGGCUCACGCUAGUUUCCUCAUUUUUGAUACCAUUGUUGAGUUCAACCAGGCUCUUUCAGAGAUUGCUGAGUAUCCUGAUGUCCUUGGUGUGUGUCUAUCUUCUUCUGAGCACUGGGUACGAGGCCCUUUUUCCUCCAGUGCUGUCAUGGCUCAUGUUUGCAUGGAUCAACAUUGAGCAGGAAGCAAUGACCACUCAGGAAAGUUCAUAUCGAACUGAGCUCUCCAGCAUUGAUUUUGCUGAAAAUAUCGACAUCACCAAAAUCAGGCAGCUGAGACUGGAUGACAUUAGGAGAUCUUACUUUUUUGUGUUUUUCAUAAUAACUGCAUUCUUCGGCUGCGGUAACAUUGCGUCCAUCAACAGUUUUGACCCAGCCUCAGUUUACUGCUUUCUGACCGUCUUCAACCCGUUCAUCAUGGGCGGCCUGUUAAUGUGGAAGGUUUUAAUUCCAUUCAUAAUUGUGAUGUGCACAUUUGAAAGCAUUCAAGUGUCAACGCAGCUCUCAUCGCGAAGCCUUUUCCUCGUUGUGCUUGUCAUCUCAGACUUGAUGGCACUGCACUUCUUUUUCUUAGUAAAAGAUUAUGGAAGCUGGCUUGACAUAGGAUCUAGUAUUAGUCACUAUGUCAUCGUAAUGUCCAUGACCAUCUUCCUCAUGUUGCUGAGUGUCAUGACGCACAUUUUAACCUCCAAGAGAAUCAUCGUUGGACAGAAACGAAAGAUGCACUUUAGGUGAUGAUGACCUCACACCUGGACCUCCAUCAUAAUCUUUACAAGGUGCAAAAAAACAAACAAAUAUCCACAGUAAUAUGACAGAUGUUCAGCAUUGGGUUUUCCUGUUUCUGAGAAUUUCUUAACAUCAAUAUUCAGUAUAUGACUCUGCAUUUUAAACUGUAAGAGGAAGACUCUGUUUGGUAUAACUAAAAAGAAAAGUGAUCUGUUAUUAAUACAUUUAUUUAAUUUUAGAGGUAUUUUAGUUGGAGACUUUAGGGGGGAAGACUCCCCAAGACAGGCACGGGUUAAAGGGAAAGCACUUGAUUAUGUACUGUAUGAUUUAUGCCAAAGUAGAGGAAUGUUACUGUACUGAUAUGACAGCUGAUUUGAACUGGGAUCUAAUUCUCAGGUGGUAUUAUGGUAAAUGUGUAGUUUUAUAAUACUGUAUUUUUGUCUAAAUAAUUAUUUAUUUACAAUAAACCUUUAUAUUUAAUGUCAUGCCAUGUGUUAAAUAAAAUCCACAAAAACACUGA